AAUUGCACAUUAAUAUAUCAAUCGUGUCCGUAUAAUACGCGGUGCGAUCCAUUAACAUCGGAUUGUAAGGUUUCGGAUUAUUCCACUAUCGUCGAGAUGAAGUUCAGCAAGACCGUAUCGUCUAGUCGCAGGAAGUCGCGCAAGGCUCACUUCAACGCUCCUUCCGGUAAGAGGCGUUUGAUUAUGAGCGCUCCUCUUUCCAAGGAGUUGCGCCAGAAGUACAAAGUACGCUCCAUGCCCAUUCGCAAAGAUGACUCUGUAAUGGUCGUUCGUGGUCACUUCCACGACCGUGAGGGCAAGGUGACCCAAGUGUACCGCAAGAAGUGGAAGAUUUACAUUGAGCGUAUUACCACUGACAAAACCACUGGUGAGAGUGUACAAGUGGGCAUUCACCCAAGCAACGUUAUCAUAACUAAGCUCCGUAUGGACAAGGACCGCCACCGCAUUUUGGAACGCAAGAGCCAGGCCAACAACAAGUCUAAAUACACCGAGUCUGAUGUUAAGGCCUAAGCCUUUGUUUCGUU